AUGAAAGGGUGGUAGAAUUUCAAAAUAAUUUGUUAAAAAGUGAAUUGUGAAGAAAAAGAAUUAUUAAAGAUUGAUGAGUUUGAAAACAAUCCCUAUAUAAUUGGGAAUAAAUAAUAUGAAGAUGGGUUUAUUUAAUAUUAAAUUCCUUAUUAAGAAUGUGUAUCAUUAAAUGACUUAUAUGAUGCUAUUGUAUUUAAUAUUCAUUUAUUUAGAAAUCUUAAUAUGUUGUCAUCUUUAAAGCCUAAGCCAUCUUAAUUAUUUAAGCCAUUUUAUAACAUUUAUUUAAAAUGGCUGAAAAAAAAUUAUGUCAUUGUUAAUUGAAUUUAUACAAUAUUUUUAUCAAACUCAAGAACGAAUCUAAUCAAUUUACUACUUAUCAAUCAAUUAUAGAAAUAGAUAAAAUUUAUUUUGUUUAAUAUUUAAGUAUUUCAAAGACUUUAAAUGAAGAAGAUGAAAAUAUUUGUAUGGAUGUGAAAGCUAUUAAAAAAAUUAUUAAAUAAUUUCUAGAAUUAUAUUAAGAUGAAAGAAUUUAGAAAUUGUUAGAAAAUUUAAAAAAAGUAAGUAAUAUAAAUAAUAAAAAACAAUUUAAAGACAUGAUUGAAAUAGUUAAUCAAUUUAUUAAAGAGUAAGCAUUUAAAAUCUAAAUUUAGUUUUGUUGAUAUAUCUAAAUAAACAAU